AUGAAUCACCUGUGUCAGCUGCCGGAUGAGUUGUGGCUUUCACAUAUUUUCGAGUACUUGCUCGGACCGGUCAGUAAAUACAAAGACGAAGUUGAAAAAUGGUUAUUCAUCCGUACUCUUAGAGAAAUUCAAGCUAAAAUAUUUAAAUUUGAUUUUGAUAAUUUGAAAGGAAUUAAUUCAUUGAGUUGUAUUUGUUCAGAUUUACGUAAUCGACUAUUUGUUUCCGAUUUUGAUAAUCUUGGAGAUUUUACUGUUGUUGGUAAUUUCUGGCUAAAUGUUUCUAAUUUAGUAGAAUUGACAAACUAUUUCACCAGAUUUGAAGAUUUUUCAGGCCUGUACCUUACAUAUGGAGAUCUUUAUGACCACGAAGCUUUAAAUAUGGCACUUAUACAGACAACUUUAGAAAAUAUUGAAAUGGGGAUUCAAAGUAGUGCAAGUUCAAUGGCUAAUACAUGUAUUAAGGCUGACAUUUACAAUGAUCUCUACGAGAUGGAAGCAAAAACUGUAAUGUCAAAUAUUGAAACUGAUUUUGAAGAAAGAAUGUCUCACAUGAUUACAUCAAAAUCCAAAUAUCUCAAAAUAAGAGAAAAAACUGGAAUUUCAGUUUAUGAACUAUUUGUUUAUAAGGCUCACAUUAUGAGUUUGGAAAUGGUCCCCAACUUUGAUUCUGAAAAAAGAGUUGAAAGCUACUAUCUGUCCUAUCACAACAACGAACACACAUUGUUGUCAUUACAACUUAGCUCUAAAAAAUUAGGAGAAGGAUGUUUAGGAUUAAUAUUGGAUGAGUUUAAUGAACAAGAUUUGGAGAUUUGUAAAAAAUAUUUAUCGAUUACUGCAGUCACAAUUUGGUCAACCAUCACUUCAGUUAACUUUUCAAAUUCUCUCCAAUACCUGUCACUUGUUAUUACUUUACAGGAGUACAAUGAAGUAAAUGACAUGUUACAAGGGUGCCAUUUUCCAAAUUUAAAACUUCUUUCAAUUGCUCUAGAAGAUGAAGAACAUAUUUCGCGUGAUAAAGAAAGAUACAUGCUCAUAGAAAAAAACUUAUUGGAAAAUAUCAAAAAAUCUACCUUUCCCAAAAUUAUUCACCUUAGUUUGAAACGAUUCUUUGACUAUGAAUCAAUAUCAAAGAUUGAAGUUUUAGAUCAAUUAAUCUGCUUGGAACUCAUUUCUGGAUAUUGGGGUUAUAACGAGGAGCAGAUCUUUGUUUGGAAAGAUGGUCAAGUUAUGCAGAUGCUUAAUGAUACCUAUUUCAAAGAAGGUAGUGAUAAUUGCAUGCAAUUGUUAAUUAUUUACAAUACCAUAGAUACUAGAUGGAUUGAUGGUGAACUAGAAUUGAUGGAAAAUUUUUACAACAAUUGCAAAGAAAGAUGUUUUGCUGGUUCUAUCAGCCACUCUUCAGUUAAGGAGUAUUAUUCAAAUUGUAAUGAGUAA